AUGAGGAAGAUCAACUUCCGCCAAAUUUCUUUUCUUGUGUUUGAUGAGGCAGACCGUAUGCUUGACAUGGGUUUUGAACCUCAGAUACGAAAGAUUGUGAAUGAGAUUCCUCCACACAGGCAGACUCUCAUGUACACAGCAACUUGGCCUAAGGAGGUGAGAAAAAUAGCUGGGGAUCUACUGAAGAAUCCUGUUCAGGUGAAUAUUGGCAGUGUUGAUGAACUUGCUGCAAACAAAUCUAUCACAGCUAUGUUGGAUAGUCUCAUUCAAGAUUUGCCUGAAGCAAGCUUCCUGAAUCUGAGCCAAUGGAGCAAGACCUACUUCAGUGCAUUUUUCUCCCUUGUGGAAAUGAAUGCACGUUACGUGGAGGUGGUUUUGCCCAUGGAUAAGCAGAGGCGCCUGGAGCAGAUUCUUAGAACCCAAGAACGUGGAUCCAGAAUCAUCAUCUUCUGCUCAACAAAGAGGCUGUGUGAUCUGCUGGCCCGCAGUAUUCGUAAUUUCGGUGCUGCUUCCAUUCAUGGCGACAAGUCUCAGGGUGAAAGGGAUCAUGUCUUGUAUCACUUUCGCACAGGGGAGGCACCGAUUCUAGUUGCUACUGAUGUUGCUGCGCGGGGACUUGACAUCAAAGAUAUCAGAUUUUGUUUUAGAAUUGCUUCUGAUCUUGAUGUUUAUGUCAAUCCAGUAUCUCUAACGUUGUUGUGA